AUGAUGGCCGUCACUGUCGGCGUCUUGGCCCUCCAGGGCGGCUUCAUCGAGCACCUCAACCUGCUCCGCAAGGCUGCCAGCACCGUCUUCUCACAGACCAAAUCCGACACUUCCUUUGAGGCCAUAGAGGUGCGCACUGCCGAGGAGCUCGCUCGGUGCGAUGCCUUGAUCAUCCCUGGCGGCGAGAGCACAACCAUUUCCUUUGUUGCGCAGCAGUCUGGCCUGCUGGAGCCGCUGCGAGAUUUCGUCAAAGUCCAAAAGAAGCCCGUAUGGGGAACCUGCGCCGGCCUCAUCCUCCUCUCAAACCAAGCCAACGCCACCAAAAAGGGCGGCCAGGAACUCAUUGGCGGCCUCAACGUGCGCGUGCACCGCAACCACUUUGGCCGCCAGAUUGAGAGCUUCGAGGCGCCCCUUCAGCUGCCGUUCCUGGCUGGCGAAGCCGACCCUUCGCCGUUCCCGGGCGUCUUUAUCCGCGCUCCCGUUGUGGAGGAGAUUCUCUCAAAGGGCGGGCAAGACCCCGAGGUGGAAGUCAUGGCUAAGCUGCCUGGCAGAAUCGACAGGAUGAAGUCUGGAGUUUCGCAGGCUGUGACCAAGGAUGAUUCGGGCGAUAUCAUUGCCGUGCGGCAGGGGUCGAUUCUGGGAACGAGCUUUCACCCGGAAUUGACGGAUGAUGCUCGUAUUCAUGCAUGGUGGUUGAAGCAGGUUCUUAAUGUUUAG